AUGUCGACUCCCAUCUACGACGGCACUGAGCCCAAGUAUAAGCCAGGCCAAAAUACGGAUGAACAAGGGGAAACUGCUCAACAGUACAGCUUCCGUGCAAUGGAGGAAAAUACGCACGAAGAUAAGAAUAAUCGGUUGAAGGUGGACGUGGAUCUGGAGCCCGAUGAACGUCCGCAGCCUUCGCCCUCGCAGGAUCGAGAAAAGGCCAGUCGAUUGGAAGACGACCUGGCCAUGCUGCAGGCAGAACGGAUGGCCUCGAAUACAGACCUCCCGGGACGAGACAAGUCUCUCUCUAUCAAGCCAUCACGCUCCCAUCGUACGGACCCCGUGGACGAGUUCGAUACCGCAACCAACCCUAUACACGAGCAUGCGUCUCUCUAUAAACCGCCAGAGAACCCGACCAACUCCGUUGCUCGCUUCUUCAAAAAGGUCCACGAGUCAAGCUUCCUUGUCCGCUAUUUCACCUACAUCAUUCCCUUGGUUCUGGUUAUACUGAUCCCUCUCCUGCUGGGUGCUUUUGUGUUCAAAGAUGCCACGGUGGGCGGCGUGAGCAUGCUUUGGUUUUGCGUCUGGCUUGAGAUCGUCUGGCUCACCCUGUGGGCAGGCAGGAUCCUCGCCAAGUUUAUCCAAUAUCCCGUGGCAAUUAUCGCCAGUCUAUUCACCAACAAUGCAAAGAAGUGGCGCGAUCUAGCCUCCCAGCUAGAAUUGCCCGCAGCACUAUUCUUCUGGUGGUUGAGUGUGGAAAUCUCUUUUCUCCCGACCAUGAUCACCCAUCAUGCGGACGGAAACCGUGGAGUCAAAGACUGGGAAAAAAUUGUGAACAAGAUCAUAAUUUCGAUUUUCGUCGGAGUCACGCUGAAUUUGAUUGAGAAGCUCAUCAUCCAACUGAUUGCUAUAAGCUUUCAUCUGCGGACAUAUGCCGAUCGCAUCGAGAUCAAUAAGUUCCAGAUUGGCAGUUUGACCAAGCUGUAUACCUUCUCGAGAGAGAAUACUUCUAUGAACGACUCAGACCUGGAAGAGGCUUCUGACAAGCCACGCAGCUCGGGAACCAGGACACCGAUGAUGUAUGCGGACCGUGCCCAGAAGGUCGCUCGAGGCGCCCUGAGUAAAGUUGGCGAUGUUGCUGGUGCAGUUGCCGGUGAUUUUACCGGUAAACGCGUUAAUUCGAGUAGCCACCCUCACCAGGUAGUCUUGACACUCCUGCGUUCGACGGCUGGCAGCCAGGUCCUGGCCAGACGCAUAUACCGUACCUUUGUUAAAGACGGCUUUGACACGGUUUUCGCUGGAGACCUCAAAUCUGCCUUUGACAAUAACGAGGAAGCGGAUGCUGCCUUUGCAAUGUUCGACAAAGACAUGAAUGGUGACAUCUCAAUGGAGGAGCUCGAGGCUGUCUGCACAGAGACUGGCAAGGAGCGGAAGUCCAUUACCGCAUCGCUAAAGGAUCUCGACUCCGUGGUCUCAAAGCUCGAUGACGUAUUCUUCUUCAUCGUCGUAGUCAUUACGAUCUUGGUUUUCUUAUCUCUUAUCUCGGCCUCUACCGCCGGAGUCCUCACGUCCGCUGGCUCAACCCUGCUGGCUCUCUCGUGGCUGUUUUCUGCCACAGCUCAGGAAUUCCUUCAGAGCAUCAUCUUCGUUUUCGUCAAACAUCCUUUUGAUGUUGGCGAUCGAGUUUCCAUCUACGGUAAUACCGGCUCAAACCUUACAGGAGACGACUACUUCGUCAAAGAGAUAGCCUUGUUGUAUACGGAAUUCAAAAAGAUGCAAGGCCAUGUCGUUCAGGCUCCAAACAGCUAUCUGAACACCUUGUUUAUUCUUAACCAGCGACGAAGCGGUGGUCUGGCGGAAGCUGUGCCUGUCAUAAUCAAGUUUGGCACGACUCUCGAACAGAUCGAUGCCCUCCGACAGCGGUUAUUGGACUUUGUCACCUCCGAGAAACGCGAGUUUCAGACCCAGAUAUUGACCGAGCUCAAGGAGGUGACUGAGAACUACUCCAUCACCCUCAACGUUGUCUUCUUCUACAAGUCCAACUGGCAAAACGAAUUGCUUCGCUUACAGCGUCGUAACAAAUUUAUCUGUAACCUCAUGAUUUGCCUACAGGAACUCCAGAUCGAAGGACCACGCAUGAACUUGGUGGGCUACAGAUCUGACCUACCAGCUCAUAUUGCCCAUCAGGGGUCUCCACCACAGUAUACAGCUACGCCCGGUGCAAACACCCCAGGUGCGAUGACCGACAUGUCACAGACCUCGGAAGCACGCGAUGCCCUCGGCGAUCUUGCACCGUCCUCUGCCGUCCAGAUCCAUCACACCCAAUCCAUACUUCGCAACCGCAACCGAUCCGGGACAGCGGCCUCGACCCGCUCGCAGGGAGGGCCAUCCAAGCGCGUCGAUUUCUCCCUUGGCAUGAAAGAUCUUAGCUCUGACGAUAUGAUAUCCGAUGUCUUCUGGGACCGUGGUCGAAGAAUAGAAGAUAUCGUGCGCUCCACCAACAUUGAAGCUGCCGAACGUAGACAGCAAGAGAAAGACCAGGGUCGACUCGAUGUAUCAAUGGAUGGGGCCUCAUCUCACCCACGAGCCUCAAACGAUUCACGUCAACCAUCCAACUUCGCACAGUCCAGAGGCAGCAUCUCCCCGUCCGUUAACCGGAACCGAUUCUUCGGCCGUAUGGGAAGUAGAAGGAGCACGCCCUCACGGAGCCGAACGCGCGACGGUGGAGGCCAGUACGAAGAUCUCAUGGAACAAGGGCGGUAUCAGGCCACCGUCACGGAUGAUGAACCAGGUCCUGGCCGACCACUAGACCCGCGCUCCGGUAGCGUGUCCACCCAAGGUAUCUACGACGACGCCCAGGUGCAGGGCACGAUGUGGUCGUCGGGAGUCGAGCGGCAGACAACCUAUGACUCUGAACGAUCGCUGGAGGAUGGAUAUGAGCUGCGUAAUUAUCAGCGACAAUAA